GACGUGUAUCUUCUUUUUUUUCGUAGAACAGGAAGAACAUUUAUCUGUGAAUACGAACCAGUAACAUGUACAGCCGAUGCUAAGCUUAUGACCUAUUAGAAUAAACUAUUUCUUUAAAAUCGGUUACUAAUGUAUUCGUGGAAGGAUGUCGUCCGAUUUAAUGUUAGACUUCGAGACUCAAGAACAACAAAUGAUGAACAGUGAAACUGGCACCAUGUCCAUCGACCAGGAUGGCGAGUGGGACAUCAGCCUGUUUGACGAGCUGGACAACCUUGGAGAUGCAGAUGAACUUUUUCAGGCCUUGGAGUGCGUGGGAUAUGCCGGCGAUGCCCCAGAUCUCGACUUUGACAUCGACCUGCCUCCCUGGAGCACUGACACAGGCAGCACCUACACAGAUGGGGAUCUGAGUGUGGACUCUCUCUCUCCUGCCCAUACCAUGAGCUCUGUCACCUCGCCUGCAUCCCGAGAGGCCCUGUCACCUUACUCCAUACAAGAGGAUCUAGCCCAAUCUCCUCAGCCCUCUCCUGCAGUCUCUGUCUGCUCCGAGUCCAGUGGCUUCUCAGAGCCCCCCCUGCUAUUAGCCAAGAGGGCCCCCAAGAGGACCAAUCAGGCCACGCGAGUGAAGAGGCCUAUCCAGCUCACCCCUAAGGUGUCCAUCCAGCCCAGACCAGUUGUAACGGCUGUACCCCAGCAUGCCGCGGGCCCUCUCCAGACCAUCAUCAUCCAGCCCCUGCAGACCACCCUGGUGCCUCACCCUGCUGUGGUCAAACCUGCCCCUGUCAGCAUACAGCCAGCGCCACCUAUAGGUGGUCCGUUGGUGCUGUGCCAGCCGGCCCAGGUACUGCAGAUCCACACUCCACAGGCAGUCACCGGGCACCUGGUUACCAUGCCAACACUGACCCAAGAGAGGCCCGCCCCCAUUGCAGUCACACUCCAUAGCCCUGGCUCUGACGAAGAUUCGAAGGUGUCCCAGAGGCAGCAGAGGAUGAUAAAGAACAGGGAGUCAGCGUCUCAGUCCCGUAAGAAGAAGAAGGAGUACCUGCUGACGCUGGAGGUCCGUCUCCAGAUGGCGCUGUCUGAGAACCAGCUGCUCAAGAACGAGAACGGCACCCUGAAGAGACAGCUGGAGGGACUACUGUCAGAGAACACGGUUCUGAAGACCAGUGCUCCUAAGAGGCGGGCCAUUUGUCUCAUGGUUGUGCUGGUGUUCCUCAUGCUCAAUGUGGGACCAAUGAGUUUGUUUGAAGGUGGCCGUGGCUCUAAACUUCAGGCUGGCUCCAUGCACAGCGGCAGACAUCUGCUUGGCUUCUCCCAAGAGACAGACACCCCGUUGGGCCCCGAAUCCCUCCAGACCACCCCUCCGACCCACAGUUCGGAGGACAAGGCUUUGAUGGUGGUGAAGAAGGAUCCUCUGUUCUUCGGACCUCCUCCUCCCUGUCUGCCGCCUGUCAACAGGACCAAAUGCCUCAGGUUGAACCAUGAGCUGCGAGGCUGGGUCCAUCGACAUGAGGUGGAGCGGACCAAGACCAGACGCAUGAGCAACAGCCAACACCGAGCAAACAGGACUAUCCCUGUAUGCACACUACUGAUGCAUCUAAAAGAGGAUAAGAAGGCUGAGGUGUCCCAGGUCCUAACAGUCCAGUACACUGACUCCACAGAGAAGAGCCCAGGUAAUGAGCUGCAGGUGUACUUCGCCCCUCACCGCACCUACAACGACUUCUUUGAUGAGAUCCAUCGCCGUGGAGACACCUUCUACGUGGUGUCUUUCCGCAGGGAUCACCUUUUACUGCCCGCUACCAGCCACAACAAAGGAAGUAGGCCCAAGAUGUCCGUGGUGUUGCCAGCCAUGAACAUUAAUGAUCGUGUGAUCAAGGACAAGGAGUUUGAGGUGAUGAUGCAGAUUGACUGCGAGGUCACAGACACCAGGAUCCUCCACAUCAAGUCCUCCAGUAUCCCACCAUUCCUGCGUGUCAACCGCACCGACACCCUGUACCCGCCUUCACCUGCGGACAGCAAGGCCACGCCUCCUGUCCAGGUGCUCAUGGGUUCCGCGUAACCUCUUAUCAACCAAUCGAAUUGACGCACAAACCCGUAACUCCCACCAACCAAUCGAAUUGACGCACAAACCCGUAACUCCCACCAACCAAUCGAAUUGAACAGUGAAAUUGAAAAGAUGUAACAACAAAUGUCUGUCCUCCACCAGUUUAACAGAUGGAACAACAACAGGUCACAUGUUUCUAUUUACCUUGUGUUCUUUUUUUUAAAUUUUUCUACAGAUCUGAGAUCAUUUUUAAAUGAUUAUAUACUAAUGUGUUUGACUGAACUCUGGUAUCAGGUUUUCUCCCUUUAUCCUUGAUUUGGAUUAUGCAAAAUACCAAGCUAGCUCAAAUGGUCAGUGUGAAGGUCAAAGACCAGAGCCAGACUCUGUGUGUGUCUGGACUGACCAGGACCAGGCUCUGUGUGUGUCUGGACUGACCAGGACCAGGCUCUGUGUGUGUCUGGACUGACCAGGACCAGGCUCUGUGUGUGUCUGGACUGACCAGGACCAGGCUCUGUGUGUGUCUGGACUGACCAGGACCAGGCUCUGUGUGUGUCUGGACUGACCAGGACCAGGCUCUGUGUGUGUCUGGACUGACCAGGACCAGGCUCUGUGUGUGUCUGGACUGACCAGGACCAGGCUCUGUGUGUGUCUGGACUGACCAGGACCAGGCUCUGUGUGUGUCUGGACUGAUUGACUGUGGCCCUACGCUCCUCUUACCAGGGUAAUUGCUGAGCAACAGCAGGGGGCCGAGCAUUGAACCCUGAGUCACCCCAACAUAACACAAAUACUUUCACCCCAUGGCUGCCAUGUUGUUCUCUCCCUCCCUUUCUCUUCGUCAGUCUCCAUUCCUCACAUCUCUUUUGUUUUCUUGAGGCUUUAUAUUGAAGUAUUUCAUGCUGAUUCAAGCUUUUAUCACCCUCGUCUAUGAUACCAUUGAAAUUAUCACAGCAAUGGUGGCAAUACACUCAGGAAGUAAUUUUAACGUGUUAAAGCUGAAGCAGUCCAACCACUAAAAGUAUGGGUCACUGUUGUUUCUCUGUUUUUUAGGUUUUGUUUUCAAUAUAGUGUAGCUACGAUGAAGAAUUCCUAUUGGAUGUUGUUUGUUUUUUUUACUUCUGUUUGCACUGUGCUAAUAUACUUUGGGGAGUGUUAUACUCGUACAGAACAUGUUAUUUGUUGAAGUGCUAUCCUCUGUUUUGAAUAGAGACCACAUCUAUGAAAGUAUAUCAUUUACAUACUGUAUAUUUCAUUCAUCUGAAAAGUUAUUAUUUCACAAAUAUGUUCCAUUUGGGGAUAAAUCAUAUUGUAUAGUGUGACUAUGUUAUUGUAGAGGUUUUGUUUGGAGAGAGUGGAUUGUAGUGUGGGUAGUGGAGAGAGAAGGGAUUGUAGUAUGGGUAGUGGAGAGAGAAGAGAUUGUAGUAUGGGUAGUGGAGAGAGAAGAGAUUGUAGUGUGGGUAGUGGAGAGAAGGGAUUGUAGUAUUGGUAGUGGAGAGAGAAGGGAUUGUAGUAUUGGUAGUGGAGAGAGAAGGGAUUGUAGUAUGGGUAGUGGAGAGAGAAGGGAUUGUAGUAUGGGUAGUGGAGAGAGAAGGGAUUGUAGUAUGGGUAGUGGAGAGAGAAGGGAUUGUAGUAUGGGUAGUGGAGAGAGUGGGUAGACGUUUGGGGAGUGGGUAGAAGUGUGGAUAGUGGAGAGAGAAGGGAUUGUAGUAUGGGUAGUGGAGAGAGUGGGUAGACGUGUGGAUAGUGGAGAGAGAAGGGAUUGUAGUAUGGGUAGUGGAGAGAGUGGGUAGACGUUUGGGGAGUGGGUAGAAGUGUGGAUAGUGGAGAGAGAAGGGAUUGUAGUGUGGGGAGUGGAGAGAGUGGGUAGACGUUUGGGGAGUGGGUAGAAGUGUGGAUAGUGGAGAGAAGGGAUUGUAGUAUUGGUAGUGGAGAGAGAAGGGAUUGUAGUAUGGGUAGUGGAGAGAGUGGGUAGACGUUUGGGGAGUGGAGAGAGUGGGUAGACGUUUGGGGAGUGGGUAGAAGUGUGGAUAGUGGAGAGAGUGGGUAGACGUUUGGGGAGUGGAGAGAGUGGGUAGACGUUUGGGGAGUGGGUAGAAGUGUGGAUAGUGGAGAGAGUGGGUAGACGUUUGGGGAGUGGGUAGAAGUGUGGAUAGUAUGGGUAGUGGAGAGAGUGGGUAGACGUUUGGGGAGUGGGUAGAAGUGUGGAUAGUGGAGAGAGUGGGUAGACGUUUGGGGAGUGGGUAGAAGUGUGGAUAGUAUGGGUAGUGGAGAGAGUGGGUAGACGUUUGGGGAGUGGGUAGAAGUGUGGAUAGUAUGGAUAGUGGAGAGAGUGGGUAGACGUUUGGGGAGUGGGUAGAAGUGUGGAUAGUGUGGAUAGUGGAGAGAGUGGGUAGACGUUUGGGGAGUGGGUAGAAGUGUGGAUAGUGGAGAGAGUGGGUAGACGUUUGGGGAGUGGGUAGAAGUGUGGAUAGUGGAGAGAGUGGGUAGAUGUUUGGGGAGUGGGUAGAAGUGUGGAUAGUGGAGAGAGUGGGUAGACGUUUGGGGAGUGGGUAGAAGUGUGGAUAGUAUGGUGUUGGCUAUUUGAAGGUCAUUGUUUUUUUAUAUAAGCCCCAGGACUUUCAAUUUCCAUGGACACACAUAGGAAACAUACUUUCACAUUGAUGACUGGACGGUUAGCAGCUGAAAUAUCAGAUACGAGAUGAGACAUUAUCUCUAUGAAAUAUCAAUGUGUCACAGUCUUAAACGCUCGUCUUUGAAAAAUCCAACCGUUUUUUUUAAUUUUUUUUAAAGUCAUUUAGAUUCAACAGGUUGGCAAGGAGCAGCAACGUUUGGCAGACCUAAUCCUAGUGGGUACAGAGGAGUUCAUGUUGACCCAUGUCAGUUGUCAUAGUGACCCGAGAUGUUAACCCUAACCCGUCUGUCCACUUGGCCUGAUUGCACUUCUAUUGAAGUGCACUUUAACAAACAUAAAUAUUUUCUGAUGGCGGAGGAUCCCUGUGCUCAGAAUAUGGAUGCACGUAUGACUAAGUCGUUUGGAUAAAAGCGUAUGUGUAUUAUAAUAUUUUACUUACUGAAAAGAGCGUUUAAAAAAAAUAUAUAUAUAUAUAAUAAUAAUAAAUGGUUGCCACGGGAACGCUUUGUGAAAUGAUGGGGCAUAAUACAUUUUGUUUUAAACAUUUAAAUAGUUUUGCACCAUUGCUAGGCAACCUGCUUGUCUCAAACGUCUAUAGAUCUUAAUUCACUCACUUGAUUCACUCACUUGAUUUACUCACUUCCCAACUGCAUUUGAUAAUGUUAAAGUAGUUUUUAUUUGUAAUACUAUUGUGACUUGUUCAGUUUGGUGUAUCCGUGCUCGCUGUUCUCUGGCUGGGAGUCCUUAUUAUAAUAUCCUUUAUCCUUUACGAUUGUUGUUUCAUUUCAGAAAGCAAUAGGAUGUUUUUUCUCCCCCAAAUAUUGUCAUUUAUAAGCGUUUAUAAGUGUUCUGAUUAGCGCAACAGCAUUUCAACCUUUUAAAUGUGACCCUCUAUCCACUCAUGUCUGUGUGUGUAUGACACCAGCAGUUAUAUUGUGCAUUUAUUUGCUUGAAAACAGGUUUUAUUCAGAGUAAUGUCAUUUUGACUAUGUACCCAUGAUUAUUCAGGGAGCUGAGAGGAAAAUUAUAACAGUUUCCACCUGAUGAAGAUUUUUGUAUAAUAUUGCUAAAUGCAAAUAAAUAAAACACUGGAUGAAACUUUG